GGAUUACGAGAUUAUUAACUAAGAUCAAAAAUGCUAGCGACCGGGGCGUCUUCGUCCAUUAACUCCCCUUCAAACUCCUCCCAACCUGCUCUAAUUGAUGUAUCAGGGCUUAUGCUAAAGGUCAACAAUGUCCGUUACAUUAUUCUUAGUCAUGCCUGCCCCGCUGCCCUGUGCGGAACUGACAAGCAAUGCUGUAGUUCAGAAAUGCUGCAUUGGGACCAAUAUCGCACGCAACGGAAGAUUAAAGAUGUGACAGGCUCCAUAAUGAAGCUGUACCAACCCAUAGAAAUGCCUUUUGAAGAGUUUUGCAUCAACGAACCACCUGUUGUUGAGAUGGAAGGGUUAAAGUUCAAGUCUAAUUCCUUGGCUGUACGUCCUGAACCGGAAAGCACCUUUGUCCCGAACUUCUGUCCUGAGAUGCAGCAUUGGGAUGACUUCCGUGAAGAUAAAGGGAUUUCUUUAGUGAAAAAUGGUGAAUCUAUGGCGACGCUGUUUAAACCCUUUUCUGGUAGAAAAUUACUAUAUUGGGAUCGUAAGGAUAAAUUCAUACGGUAUAUUGCAAUGAGCGUUGCAAUCUCCCAUUUUAAUGAAGAUCAUCACUUUUAUUGUUCUGAGAUGGAGCACUAUGAUGAUUAUAACAAUAUGAAGCAAAUAUCGAGUGAGUCGUCAAUGAAAAAGACUUUUGGAAUACAUUCUUAAAAUCGAGAAAUUUAUCUAUAUAAAUUAAUUUCUUUUGAUUUCUUUGAAUUUUCAGCACUUGGUACGCUGUUUUUUCUUAUUCCUCUUUCCUUCCGCAUAUAUGCGGUUUGUUUUAUAGCUGAUGUUUAUGGUCUUGAGUUAUUGGUAAUACAAUGACUAAA